CACCGUCGAUAUGUGGUUUCGCCUUGGGCCAUUGAUAUGUCCCUACUACUUAGUUUAAUUCAAUUUGAGGUGUAGUGUGCGCGUGGAAUUUUGAAAAAUCCACAGAAAUUAAUUAUGCAUAAUUUGGUUUGGAAAAAUCAACACCAACAAUAAAACACACACAUCCGUAAUGAACGUGAGUAUGACGGCAGUUUGUCUUUUCAAUUGGAGGGAGCAACUAGUGCCAAAACAAGAAAAACAAAAAAACUGACGAACCUAUUCGCUUUCUGCUCAUUGAAAAUUUAUUAGUCUACAUUUCUAUUUCUGAUGAGCAUGUUUAGUGACUCAUAUUAAUAGUUUGGGGGAUAUUUUUUUACUAGGGGGAACGUCUGCUCGUGCUGUUAUAAUUUCUGGGGUUAAAAGUAGAUUUCGUACAUACUGUAAAAAAGUCCAGCAUUAUGAUUAAAAAGAACGCGGUAUUCAUCACACAUCUCAUUUGCUUUAUUUUACUUGCACUAAAUUCAGUGAGCAGCGGGGCAGGACCGCCAAAGGGUAAGCAUCCGAGCUUCGCCGAGUUCACGAAGAUACAUAACAAGAACUACGCUUCGGAGGGGGAGAGGGCGAUGAGAUUGGACGUGUACCAGUCCAACUUGAAGAAAAUCGAUGGGCUUAACGCUAAAAAGUUGCACGGAGUCGAUUAUGGUGCCACCCGCUUCACUGAUCAAACACAGGAUGAAUUCUUGCGCAGUCAUACAGGUUUGAGGAUAGACCCGAAAUAUAAAGCAAAAAACAGCCUAUUGGGGUUAAAUUUGGCCAUUGGCGGCAAGAAAUCUACGAUGAAGAAAAGGACGAAGAAGGGAAAUGCGGCGAGUCAGAAUCUUCAAGAAAUCUCGGACGGCUACUUUGACUGGCGAGAAAUCAGUGUCGCCUACCCCUCCAUCGAUGAUCAGAAAAAAUGUGGUGUUUGCUGGGCUUUUGCUUCUGCUGGGGCUCUUCAGGUUCUCGCAUCCUACAACGCGGAUGAGGAGAUCAAACUCUCCAAACAACAGUUGAUUGACUGCACGGCGCGCAUGUCUCUGGACCCAGGCAAGGACAUGUGUCGCGGGGAGGACAUACCGCCGUCUCUGGAGCUGAUGAAGAGCCGGGGGUUGGUGGCGGAGGCGGACUACCCCUUCACGAGCGGGGCCGGAAACAGCACCGGCGCUUGCCGCUCCCAGCUCUACAACCCCAUCGCCAAAAUCACCGGCUACUCCGAAGUCUCCAGCAGAGCCAAAAUGGAGGCCGCUCUUCCCGACAGCCCAGUCAUCUCUUGUCUCCGCAUCCUACCCGAGUUCCAGUUCUACAAAGGGGGCACUUUCAAUUCUACGCAAUGCAUCGUAAGAGGACCUGCUGACAUAGAUCAUGCUGUCGUGCUUAUUGGAAUGACGCCUGAUACCUACAUUUUUCGGAACAGUUGGGGCGCUGAGUGGGGAGACAAGGGUCAUUUUUACAUGGCAAAGGGGAUAUGCGGCACAGACACUCAUUCGUUUGCCAUCACAAUGUAAAUGCAGCAGUGACGCAUGAAUCAGCUGAGUGAUCUCAUUUUGAAUCCUUGUCUCACAGAUGGAAGAAUUGACCCUGACAUCCUGACAAGCUUUUCAGCCUGAAAUUUGAAAAUUCGUAUAGGACUGAUCUUAUCACCAAUCUAUUUGCAUUAUCUACCCUUACGCUUGAUUCUUUGUUUGUUUGCGCAUGUGUUUGUUUGUUAGUUUGUUGAAAAUAUUGUUAUAGAAUGUUUAAACAUGAGACUAUCAUGAAUGAGACUCAAAACUCUGUUGAACAAUGUACAUACAUGCUGUACUUUUUAAUCA